AAUUAGUUGUUGCUGUCGAUUAGAACGCCUUGGUUGUUCGCGGUUGUUUUGUGUGAUUCUAUUGCUUUGUUGUUGUUCUGCUGCUGUGUUGUGACGAGAAUUGUGCAAAAAUGAGCGAGUUUAAACAAAAACAACGAGAGCCGGAGGCGGACGAGAAGAAAAUGGAGAUACUGCUGGAGCUCAAUCUGAAGCAGAAGCUGGCCACCAGAUUGGGCAUUCUGAUCGUUGCCAGCUUCGUAUUUGCCAUGUUCUGCUGGGACAGCGCCUUGGCCAGCCUGACACUUGGUGCCCUCAUGGCCCUCAUGCUCAGGAAUCCCACAAAUGUCUACGCUCUGGUGAUGACUGCUCACAGGGAUUUCUUAGCAUUUCAUCGAUUUGCGGCAUUGAACUUCUAUCUGCUUCGCAAGGAUCGCAAGGGUUGCACCGUUGCCCAUUGCUUCGAGGAGCAGGCACGCGAGCAGCCCAAUAAGAUCUGCUUUGUAAUGGAUGAGCGUCGUCUGAGCUUCGGCCAGGCGCUGCUCUUCAGCCAGAAGGUGGCAGGCUACUUCCAGCAGCGCGGCUUGCAACGUGGCGACUGUGUGGCACUGCUGAUGGAGACGCGUGUGGAGUACACCUGCAUUUGGAUGGGCCUCAGUCAGCUGGGCGUCAUCACGGCGCUGAUCAAUUCCCAUUUGCGUGGCGACUCCCUGCUGCACUGCAUCCGUGUGGCCAAGGCCUGUGCCCUGAUUGUGGGCAGCGAACUGAGCGACGUCCUGCAAUCGCUGCCAUCCCUGGAUUUGCCCAUCUACCAGUACACGGACACCACGGAGCAGCAUCAACUGCUGCCAGCUGCAACGGAGCUGAGCACUGCUCUCUCCGCACAGACGCCGCUGCCCCUCAGCCACAGCUCGCUGGGCUCUGCCCGGGACAAGCUGCUCUAUGUGUACACCUCCGGCACUACGGGAUUACCCAAGGCGGCGGUUAUCACGAAUCUGCGAUUUCUAUUCAUGUCCGCGGGAACUUUCUACAUGUUGCAAUUGAAUCGCGACGAUGUGAUCUACAAUCCCUUGCCCUUGUACCACACGGCGGGCGGCAUUGUGGGCGUGGGCAACGCCCUGCUCAAUGGCAGCACUGUCGUCCUGCGCAAGAAGUUCUCGGCCUCGAAUUUCUGGAGUGAUUGCUGCAAGCACAACUGCACCGUGGCCCAGUACAUUGGUGAACUCUGUCGCUAUCUCCUUGCCACGCCCUACAAGAACACCCAUGAGCAGGAGCGGCGUCCACAGCACCAGCUGCGCCUCAUGUACGGAAACGGCUUGAGGCCGCAGAUCUGGACGCAGUUCGUCUCUCGAUUUGGCAUACCACAAAUUGGCGAAGUUUAUGGCGCCACCGAGGGCAACUCCAAUCUGAUCAACAUCACCAAUCGCAUUGGCGCCAUUGGCUUUGUGCCCGUCUUUGGUCGCCGGCUCUAUCCAGUCCAGAUCAUUCGCUGCGAUGAGCUCACCGGUGAACCCAUCCGCGACUCCAAGGGACACUGCAUGCGCUGUGCUGCCGGGGAGCCGGGUCUGCUGGUGGGCCAGGUGGAUGCCAGGCGGGCGGUGAGCGCCUUCCAUGGCUAUGCCGACAAGGCGGCAUCCGAGCAGAAGCUGCUGCGCAAUGUCUACACCAAGGACGAUUGCUACUUCAACUCGGGCGACAUGGUCGUCUCUGAUAUUUUGGGAUAUUUCUACUUUAAGGAUCGCACCGGCGACACCUUCCGCUGGCGUGGCGAAAAUGUCGCCACUCAGGAGGUGGAGGCCAUCAUCACCAACUGCAUUGGACUCAGCGACUGUGUCGUCUACGGCGUGCAGAUACCCCACGUUGAGGGCAAGGCUGGAAUGGCGGCCAUUGUGGAUCCGACGCGCAAGGUGGACAUGGAUUAUCUGUCCAUUGUGAUAAGAGGCAGUCUGCCGCCAUAUGCACGUCCACUCUUCAUCCGAUUGCUGGACGAGAUUCCGCGCACAGCAACAUUCAAGAUGAAGAAGCGCGAACUGGCGCUGGAGGGAUACGAUCUGGAGAGGGUGACGGAUAUUAUUUACUAUCUGAAUCGUGAUGGCGUCUAUCGGCAGCUCAGCAAGGAGCAGUUUGUAUCACUGCAGGCGGGCACAGCAGGACUCUAAGGGAUUGUUGAAGGCACUCACUUAGACUUUAACUAGUUUGUAUAUAUAUAUAUAGACACACACACUCACACACAUACAUACAUACGCAGACAUAGUUUGAAAUGUAUUUUAACACUUAAAAGAAACGACUGAUGAAACUUUAGCCAAA